AAGAAAUCGGUUCACUCGGAAGAUCCGUUUAAUGACGAACAACGUGAGCGGCAUGAAGUAGAAAUGCUAGCGAAGAAGUUUGAGGCAAAAUAUGGUGGAAAGCCCCACAAACAUCGGAAGGAUCGCCUGCAGGAUCUAAUCGAUAUAGGUUAUGGUUAUGACGAAACGGACCCUUUCAUUGAUAAUUCUGAAGCGUAUGAUGAAUUGGUUCCUGCAUCCCUGACAACCAAAUAUGGAGGGUUUUAUAUCAACACUGGUACACUGCAGUUCCGCCAGGCAUCUGACUCAGAGGAUGAAGACUUUGCAGAAGACAAAAAACAUAGGCCACCUAAAAUAGCAAAGUUAAAAGAAAGUGAAGAUCGUGGCAUGAAGAAGCGCAAGCGGAAAGAUGAAGGGACAGAAAAGGAGAAGAAGCCUCGGAAAAUGAAAGUUCCUAAGCAGUUGGGAGUAAUGGCCUUAAAUUCACACAAGUCUGAAAAGAAGAAAAAGAAAUUGUAUAAAGACUCACUUUCUCUGGCUGCCAUGAUCCGUAAAUUUCAAAAGGAGAAGGAAGCCAUGAGGAAGAAGGAAUCUAGUCCAAAACCUCCAGUGACUGUUGCAACCUCUACCCCUAGUAAAAUUCCUUCCUCCUCUCUCAAUGCAGGAAACGAUAUCUCUGACUUGAAUCUUAGGAUCAGUGAUCCUGUCCUCUCCAUUUUUGGUAGCACAAAUGAACGUGAGCUCCUGCAAGAAGCUGAAAGUGCCCUGGAGAUGCUGGGAGACAUUGACUUUGACAAAUUGCUUGAUGGCACUUCUGAUGGCAGCCCGGUAUCUGAGCUGUCAGGAGAAAAUGGAAAUGUCACUCAGGCAACCUAUGCCUCUCAGGUCAUGACACCCAAACAGGUGCCUGCCCUCCCAGAAGGUCUGCCUAUGCUACUUGAAAAGCGCAUUGGAGACCUUCGAACAGCCGCCAAGAUGUUUGAUGAAGAAGGCAGGAAGAAGUUUUUCACGCAAGACAUGAAUAAUAUUCUGCUGGAUAUUGAGCUACAGUUACAGGAGAUAAAUCCUGCCAUCCGCAAUGGAGUGUACUCUCACCUUGAGGCUUUUGUGCCAUGCAAUAAGGACACACUGAUAAAGCGUCUGAAGAAGUUACACCUCAAUGUCCAGGAUGACCGCUUGAGAGAACCACUGCAAAAGCUGAAACUAGCUGUCAGUAACGUCAUGCCUGAGCAGUUAUGCAAGUAUCAAGAGGACUGUCAGGCCCGCAAUCAAGCCAAGAAUGCCAAGUUGCAAGCAGAAGAUGAACGAGAGAAAAAUGGAUCGGAGGAAGAUGAUGAUGAGAAACCUGGAAAGAGGGUUGUGGGACCCAGAAAGAAGUUUCAUUGGGAUGACACAGUGAG